AUGUUUGGCAACACACUGAUUUACUCCGGAGCCGUAGUGCUGCUCUGCUACAUCAUCUUUAAUCGUAUCCAACAACGAACCAGGGGUCCAUUGCCGCCUGGACCCAGAGGUUUGCCAUUUCUCGGCAACAUUUUGGAUCUUCCCCCUCCUGGAACUCUUGAAUGGGUACAUUGGCGGAAACACAAGGAGCAAUAUGGCCCAAUCACCUCAGUAUCUGUGCUUGGUCAACGUUUCGUCAUUCUCCAUGACAAACAAGCCGUGCUGGACAUGUUGGAGACUCGCGCUCUGAAGAGUGCGUCGCGGCCAAAGCUGGUAUUUGCUAGUGAGCUAGUUGGUUAUGGAGACAUCAUGGGCAUGAUGCCGUACGAUAGGAAAUUUCGAUUGCAUCGCAAACUUACGGCAACUCAAGUCAGUAAAAGGUCGAUCGUACGAUUCGAACCGAUCCAAGAGCGUGAAACUUUGCGGUUCUUGAAGCAAAUAUACGAAGACUCCAACAGCAACAGCGACACACUGCAAGGCCACUUGAACCAAUUCGCUGGUUCCAUCAUGUUACGAAUUCUCUACAAUUACAAAACGGACCCGAAGAAGAACGACCCCAUCGUGGCCAUGUCUAAGCAGGUAAUGGAGGAUUUCUCCAAAGCCACGAGCCCAGGCGCCUGGAUGGUUGACUUGAUCCCAUGGCUAAGAUACGUCCCGACUUGGAUGCCGGGCGCGGGAUUCAAAAAGACGGCCGAAAUCUUCAGACAACAUCUCCUCCAGGGAAUUGAGGUUCCGUACGAUUACGUCAAGGAGCAAAUGGCGAACGGAAACGAUGAUGUUUCAUACGUCGCUGGCUUGAUCAAAGAUCUCCAUCGAAAAAUUGACUCCGAGGAGAAGAGCGUCAUCGGCUGGACAGCUGCAUCUAUGCUAAAUGCAGGCACUGAUACGACUGGCGCGAUGCUGUACUCCAUCUUUGCGGCCUUGGUCGUAUACCCAGAAGUUCAAAAGAGAGCUCAAGAUGAGAUUGACCGCGUGGUGGGCGACUCGCGUCUUCCUUCAUUCUCCGACAAAGACAGCCUCCCAUAUGUUCAGGCUAUAGCUCAAGAAGCACUUCGCUGGCACACACUUGCACCCAUGGGCUUCCCGCACCUGACUACGGAAGACGAUACUUACAACGGCUAUUUCAUACCAAAGGACACGCUUUUGUUUCCUGCAGCUGCGUCUAUCAUGCACGAUCCCGACACGUAUCGCGACCCAAUGGAGUUCAAACCUGAACGAUACUUUGAGCCGUUCAAUGAGCCUACACCAACUGAUGUUGUAUACGGAUUUGGACGCAGAGCUUGUCCUGGAAGGUAUAUUGCCGACCAGACAAUCUUUUUAUGCAUUGCGCAAUUUUUGGCGGUUUUCAACAUUCAAAGAGCGGUGGACGAAGAUGGACGGGAGAUGGAGGUCAAAUACGAACAGUUGCCGGGUGUGAUUGCUCGUGCCAAACCUUUUCCGCACAGAAUCGUGGUCAGGAGCAAGAAGCACCGAGGCUUUGUCAUAUGA